CACAGACUUUGCUGUGAGUGCACAGGGCUUCAAAGCUGUAUAUGAAGUCCUUCCGAGCCAUACGUGCGGCACCCCCGGCCUCAUCCCAAAUGGAGUCAUCCAUGGCUCUCGGUACAACAUGGGGGAUAAAAUUCGAUAUAGCUGUGAGUCCGGGUUUCGUGCUGGAAGGACACAGCAUCCUCACAUGUAUUGUAUCACCUGGCAGUGGCGCACAGUGGGACUUCCCAUCACCAUUUUGUAGAGCCGAGGGAGCAUGCGGAGGCACAUUACGAGGCACGGCAGGCUCAAUAACCAGCCCCGGAUACCCUGCGGAGUACGACAACAACCUGGACUGUACAUGGUCGAUCCUGGCUGAACCCGGGGACACCAUCGCUCUCGUCUUUAAUGACUUCUUGUUAGAGGACAAGUAUGACUUCCUAGAAAUCAGCGGGACGGAAGCACCGAGCAUAUGGCUGACUGGAACAACGCUGCCUUCACCGGUCAUCUCAAAUAAGAACUGGCUUCGAAUACAUUUUACCUCAGACAGCAACCACAGAAGAAAAGGAUUCAGUGCUCAAUACCAAGUGAAGAAAGCUAUAGAGCUGAAGUCUAGAGGGGUGAAGAUGAUGCCCAGCAAGGACUCCAGCCACAAAAAUGCCGUCUUGAGUCAGAGCGGUCUCGCUGGUGACGUUUGUCCGGAUCCCGGAGUUCCUGAAAAUGGCAAGAGGAUGGGCUCUGCUUUUCAGAUCGGCUCCAGUGUCCAGUUCAGCUGUGAUGACAGUUAUGUACUACAAGGGUCCAAAAGUAUCACCUGCCAGCGAGUCACCGACACCCUGGCUGCUUGGAGUGACCACAGACCCAUCUGCAGAACUCGUACCUGUGGCAGUAAUCUAAGGGGGCCCAGAGGGGUCAUAACUUCUCCUAAUUACCCUGUUCAAUAUGAGAACAAUGCACACUGUGUGUGGGUCAUCGCCGCAAUGGACUCUGGGAAGGUAAUAAAACUAUCAUUUGAAGAGUUUGAUCUGGAAAGAGGAUACGACACGCUAACUGUGGGAGACGGAGGGAAGAUUGGAGACACUCGCAGAGUUCUCUAUGUUCUGACUGGCUCCAGUGUCCCGGACCUCAUCGUCAGUUUGUCUAAUCAGAUGUGGCUACACCUGCAGUCAGACGACACGAUCGGCUCCGCAGGGUUCAAGGCAGUGUAUGAAGAGAUCGAACGGGGAGGCUGCGGCGAUCCCGGGGUGCCGGCAUUCGGCCGUCGUAGCGGCGAUCGCUUUCAGCACGGCGACGUGUUGACCUUCUUUUGCCAGUCGGCCUUUGAACUUGUGGGAGAAAGAACAAUCACAUGUCAGCACAACAACCAGUGGUCUGGCAAUAAACCCAGCUGCGUCUUCUCAUGUUUCUUCAACUUCACCGCUCCGUCUGGGACUGUUUUAUCGCCAAACUACCCGGAGGAGUACGGAAACAACCUGAACUGUGUCUGGCUGAUUAUCUCUGAACCGGGAAGCCGCAUUCAUCUGCUCUUCUCUGACUUUGACCUGGAGCCACAGUUUGACUGGUUGGUGGUCAAAGAUGAAGGUCUGUCUGAACCAACAACAUUUGGGACUUUCUCUGGAAAAGACGUGCCAGCGCAGAUCGCGUCCAACGGACACAUCAUGAGACUGGAGUUUCAGUCUGAUCAUUCAAAUACUGGGAAAGGCUUCAACAUCAGCUACACCACGUUUGGUCAGAAUGAAUGUCAUGACCCGGGAGUCCCUGUCAAUGGUCAGAGGUACGGGGACCAGUUUCAGCUUGGCAGCUCCGUGGCUUUUCGCUGCGAUCAGGGAUUCAUCAGGACGCAGGGGUCAGAUCAGGUCACUUGCAUCAUCCAGGAUGGAAAUGUCGUUUGGUCUGCUGCCGUUCCUCGCUGUGAAGCUCCCUGCGGUGGCCAUCUCACGGCUCCGACGGGAGUUCUGCUGUCUCCUGGUUGGCCCUCCUUCUACAAAGACUCCCUGAGCUGCCAGUGGGUGAUCGAAGCACAAACAGAUCACGCUGUAAAGAUACACUUUGACAAAUUCCAGACGGAGGUCAAUUAUGACACACUGGAGAUCAGGGAUGGCCCCUCAGCAUCGUCCCCCCUCAUCGGAGAAUACCACGGCACCCAAGCACCUCAUUUCCUGAUUUCCACCUCCCACUUCCUGUUCCUGUUAUUCACCACAGACAACAGCCGCUCCGCGGCGGGCUUCAGCAUCAGAUAUGAAAGUGUUAAAAUGGAGUCGGACUCAUGUCUGGAUCCUGGUAUCCCAGUUAAUGGUCGUCGCCAUGGCAGCCUCUUUUCCAUUGGCUCUCGAGUCUCAUUUACAUGUGACCCAGGAUACACGCUCAGCGACCAGGAGCCAAUUGUUUGCGAGCAGAAUCACCAGUGGAGUCACGCUCUUCCCAGUUGCGAUGCUCUUUGUGGAGGAUAUGUUUAUGGCAAAACUGGAACUAUUCUGUCUCCUGGCUUUCCUGACUUUUACCCCAACUCUCUAAACUGCACCUGGACGAUAGAAGUCUCUCAUGGGAAAGGAGUCCAUCUGGUUUUCCACACCUUCCAUCUUGAGGAGAACCAUGACUACCUGUCCAUCACUGAAGAUGCUAAUUUCCUGGUCCCAGUCGCUCGACUCACUGGCUCAGUGCUGCCCCCCAGUGUUAAAGCUGGACUCUUCGGAAACUUCAGCGCUCAGCUGCGGUUUAUAUCAGAUUUUUCCAUGAGUUAUGAAGGAUUUAACAUCACAUUCUCAGAAUAUGACCUGGAGCCAUGUGAAGACCCCGGCGUACCAGCGUUCAGCCGAAGGAUGGGGUUUCGAUUCAGUGUCGGCGACUCGCUGGCCUUCUCCUGUUUCCACGGCUACCGACUUGAGGGGGACAGCAAAAUCACAUGUCUGGGAGGAGGCAGGCGAGUCUGGAGCAACACGCUACCACGAUGCAUAGCUGAGUGUGGAGCCUCCUCACUGGGGCCAGAAGGCGUUCUCCUUUCUCCGAACUUCCCUUCCAACUACGAUAACAACCAUGAGUGCAUCUACCGCAUCACCACUGAAAAGGGCAAAGGAAUCAGACUGAAAGCCGAGAACUUUUCUCUGCAAGAUGGAGACUAUCUCAAGAUGUAUGACGGGGAGAACAUUUCAUCUCGUCUCCUUGGCAACUUUACACGUGAGGGCAUGAUGGGUCAUGUCAUCAAUAGUACGUCCAAUCACCUGUGGCUGGAGUUCAACAGCAACGCCUCAGGAACCAGUCAAGGUUUUCGCCUUACAUACACAAGUUUCGACCUGGUGCGCUGCGAGGAACCGGGGAUCCCGAGCUACGGCUAUAAGAUCCAGGAUGACGGUCAUUACGCCAACACUUUCGUCCUGUACUCGUGCAACCCCGGGUACAGUCUCCACGGCAGCAGCACGCUGACCUGCCUCAGCGGGGACAGACGUGUCUGGGACAAGCCACUUCCAUCCUGUAUCGCGGAGUGUGGAGGUCACAUCACUGGAGCGGUGUCAGGACGGAUUCUCUCCCCAGGAUACCCCGCUCCGUAUGACAACAACCUUCACUGCUCCUGGACUAUAGAGGCUGAUACAGGGAAGACAAUCAGCCUGCACUUCAUCGUCUUUGACACUGAGGUUGGUCACGACAUCCUGAGAGUGUGGGACGGACCGUCCGGGCCGUCGGAUGGUGGGAUCCUCCUGAAAGAGUGGUCCGGCCCUGCCUUACCUGAAGAUAUCCAUUCGACCUUCAACAUCCUCACCCUGCAGUUUGACUCCGAUUAUUUCAUCAGCAAGCAAGGCUUUUCUAUACAGUUUUCAACUACAACAGCGACCACCUGCAAUGACCCGGGGAUUCCUGUGAACGGUUCUCGUUACGGCGACAGCAAGGAGCCGGGCGACAGCAUGACGUUCCAGUGUGAUCCGGGCUACCAGCUGCAAGGCCAAGACACCAUCACAUGUGUGCGAAUGGAUAACAGAUUCUACUGGCAGCCCGACCCUCCCACCUGUAUAGCGACCUGUGGGGGGAAUGUCAGCGGCCCUUCUGGAGUGAUACUCUCUCCUAACUACCCUCAGCCUUACCCUCCGGGGAAAGAGUGUGACUGGAGAAUCAGAGUCAACCCUGACUUUGUAAUCGCUCUACUAUUUAAAAGUUUCAACAUGGAGCCGAGUUAUGACUUUCUGCACAUCUAUGAGGGCGAAGACUCUAAUGGACCACUACUAGCAAGUCUCCAAGGCACCCAGGCCCCAGAGCGCAUCGAGAGCAGUGGUAACAGUCUCUUCCUGGCAUUCAGAUCUGACGCCUCGCUGGGCAUGUCAGGGUUCGCCAUCGAAUAUCGAGAAAAACCGAGAGAGGCCUGCUUCGACCCUGGUAACAUUAUGAACGCCAGUCGCGCCGGCUACGACUACAAACUGGGAUCUCAGGUCUCCUACAGCUGUCACCAUGGCUACACGACAGUGGGCGGAGACACCAUCACCUGUGUCAUGGGUCACGACGGGAAACCGGUGUGGGACAAACCGCUGCCAUCAUGCAAAGCUCCUUGCGGAGGACAGUAUGGCGGAUCUGAAGGCGUCGUCUUAUCUCCUAACUACCCUUUAAAUUACACGACCAGACAGACAUGCUCCUAUUACAUCACAGUGUCGCCACAGUUUGUGGUUUUUGGUCAAUUCGCUGUUUUCCAAACAGCAAUGAAUGAUUCAGUUGAGCUUUUUGAUGGAGCCAAUGACAAUGCUCGACUGCUCAGCUCCCUGGCUGGGUCACAUUCAGGUGAGACAUUGCCACUUGCAACUUCCAAUCAAAUUAUGCUUCGGUUCAAUGCUAAAAGUGGCCAGUCUGCACGAGGCUUUCAUUUCGUUUAUCAAGCUGUGCCACGGACCAGUGACAGUCAGUGCAGCUCCGUGCCAGAGCCGCGGUACGGCCGGCGGAUUGGUUCAGAGUUCUCAGCGGGUUCGGUGGUGCGAUUCGAGUGCAGUCCAGGCUAUCUGCUAAAAGGGUCCAGUGCAAUUCGCUGCCAGGCAGUCCCAGGUGCCCUCGCACAGUGGAAUUCAACAACACCAACAUGUGUAGUUCCCUGCAGUGGCAAUUUGACUGAGCGUCGCGGUACAAUCCUCUCCCCUGGCUACCCUGAACCCUACCCAAACAGUCUCAACUGUCUGUGGAGGAUUCACGUGAGUGAGGGAGCUGGAAUACAGAUCCAAGUGAUGACAUUCGCCACGGAGCAUAACUGGGACUCUCUGGAGAUCUACGAUGGAGGAGACAUGACAGCUCCAAAAUUAGGGUCAUUUUCUGGAACAACAGCUCCUGCCCUCCUUAAUUCGACAUCCAAUCAGCUCCUGCUUCACUUCCAGAGUGACAUCAGUGUGGUGGCUGCAGGUUUCCAUCUGGAAUAUAAGACGGUUGGUCUGACCACGUGUCCAGAGCCGAUGAUACCAGCCAAUGGGAUUAAAGCAGGAGACAGAUAUAUGGUUAAUGAGGUGGUGGCUUUCAGCUGUGAACCUGGGUACACACUGCAGGGUCACUCUCACAUUUCCUGCAUGCCCGGUACUGUACGGCGGUGGAACUACCCUCCUCCUCUUUGCAUAGCUCGAUGUGGCGGGAUUCUCUCCGAGAUGAGCGGUGUCAUCCUUAGCCCAGGUUUCCCUGGCAACUACCCGGGCAAUCUGGACUGCACCUGGCAAAUCAACCUGCCAACUGGAUAUGGAGCUCAUGUUCAAUUCCAAAACUUCUCUUCAGAAGACAACCAUGAUUUCCUGGAGGUUCGAGCCGGGCCUCAGCACAGCUCUGCACUUAUCGGCCAGUUUACCGGCUCGCAGAUCCCUCCACCUCUGCUGAGCACCACCCACCUCACCAUCAUCCAUUUCUACAGUGACCACUCAGAGAACAGGCCCGGGUUCAAACUCACUUAUCAGGCCUAUCAACUUCAAAACUGCCAGGAUCCGUCUCCUUUUCCCAACGGGGACAUCAUCAACACUGACUACAGCGCAGGGCAGUCCAUCACGUUUCAGUGCUACCCUGGUUAUGUUUUGAUCGGACACACAGUUCUAACAUGCCUGCACGGAACCAACCGGAAGUGGAACCACCCCUUUCCUCGCUGUGAGGCUCCUUGCGGUUAUAAUGUCACUGCGGAAAACGGGACCAUCUAUUCACCUCAGUACCCCAGUGAAUAUCCCAACUCCCAAGACUGCAGCUGGCUCAUCACUGUUCCCCAUGGACACGGAGUUUAUAUCAACUUUACCUUAUUGCAGACAGAGCCUGUCACUGAUUACAUCGCUGUCUGGGACGGCUCAGAUACAGCGAGCCCUCAGCUGGGAGUCUUCAGUGGCAACACGGCGCUGGAGUCGGCCUACAGCUCCAGCCCAAAGGUCCUGAUUCGCUUUCACUCCGACUUCUCCACUGGAGGCUUCUUCAUCCUCAAUUUCCACGCCUACCGUCUGAAGAAAUGCUCCACUCCUCCUGUUGUGGACAAUGCAGAGGUGAUCUAUGAGGAUGAAGACUUCCAAAUAGGUGACAUUGUGAAGUAUCGCUGUUUACCUGGAUACACUCUGGUCGGAAAGGCGGAGCUGAUGUGCAGACUCAAUUCCCACCUGCUUUUUGAAAGUCCACCACCAUCAUGUCAAGCCCAGUGCCCGGCCAAUGAGGAGCGGUUUUCCUCCUCAGGAGUCAUACUGAGCCCCGGCUUUCCCAGCAACUACCCAAACAGCCAGACGUGCUCCUGGCUGCUGCGGAUGGUUCAAGGUUACAUCAUUAAUAUCUAUGUGGAGAUGUUCCACAGUGAGAAGCAAUUUGACGAACUGGAAAUCUUCGAUGGAUCUUCCGGACAGAGCCCUUUACUUGUUGCUCUCAGUGGUAACCACUCCUCCCAGCUGAACUUCACCUCAAAAACAAACCAGCUGUAUCUACGAUGGUCCACGGACCAUGCAACCAACAAGAGAGGAUUCAAAAUACGAUAUUCAGCUGCUUACUGCAGCAUUAACGAUCCUCCCCUGAACGGCGGUGUGGUCAACCGGACUAAACUCCGUCCAGGCAGCAGACUUCAGUACUUCUGUAAUCGUGGCUACCGAUUGGUCGGCUCGAGCAACGCCACUUGCAGGCUCGACUCCAACGGGCUUUACCAGUGGGACACGCCGUCACCGUUCUGCCAAGCUGUCUCCUGUGGAAUACCUCAGUCACCAGGCAACGGCAGUUUCCAUGCUUACCAGUAUACAGUCGGAAGCCAAGUCACCUAUCAGUGUAACCAUGGUUACCACCUUGACCCGGGCGUCCCGAUGACAGCCGUGUGUUUGGAGGAUGGCAGCUGGAGUAACGCCGCCUCCGUCCCCAGAUGUCUACCGAUCCACUGCCCCAGCCUUGAAGGCAUCCUGUUGGAUCACAUGACCUACCGGUUGCUCUCUGGUCGACUGGGAGAAUUUAGUUCAAUGGUGAUGCUUGAAUGCUCGACGGGCUAUUAUUUAGGCGUGGGACAUCGAACUCUCCGCUGCCUUGCCAACGGGACCUGGGAGGGAUCGGAUGACCCAGCUGCUUGUAAGAUCAUCUCCUGCGGCGAGCUUCCCUCUCCACCCUUUGGCACCAAACUGGGGACACUGACAACAUUCGGAGCAACUGCAAUCUUCAUGUGUAACCAUGGUUACACCCUGGUGGGGUCACAUGUCAGGGAGUGUGGCGCUAACGGGCUGUGGAGCGGCGCAGAAACCAGGUGUCUAGCUGGCCACUGUGACUCCCCGGAUCCCAUCGUCAACGGUCACAUUAGUGGAGAUGGCUCCAGUUACCGUGACACUGUGGUGUACCAGUGCAUGCUGGGAUAUCGCUUAAUUGGGACGUCCGUCAGAAUCUGCCAGCAAGACCAUCGCUGGUCUGGAACAACACCUGUCUGCGUCCCGAUUACUUGCGGUCACCCAGGCAACCCAGCCAAUGGGCGGACCAACGGGAGCGAGUUCAACCUCAACGAUGUAGUCAACUUCACAUGUAACAGGGGUUACAUCCUCAGUGGGAAUGCCCGCGCUCAGUGCCGACUCAAUGGCCAGUGGAGCAGCCCGCUACCCGUGUGCAAAGUGGUGAACUGUUCCGACCCCGGCCAUGUGGAGAACGGUGUUCGCCAGUCCGGCCUGCAUUACCCAGAAGUCUUCAGCUACGGCGUAACUGUGGCCAUCCACUGCAAACGAGGCUUCUACCUUCUGGGAUCCGCGCUGCUCACAUGCCAGCAUGAUGGAGUGUGGGACCGACCAACCCCUCGGUGUCUAGCGACUUCCUGCGGUGACCCCGGUGUCCCCCCUAAUGCGGUCGUGUCUGGAACCCACAGCUGGACGUACGGUUCCGUGCUGCAGUACUCCUGUCUGCCCGGUGGGUUGCUGGUCGGCAACGCUACUCGCCACUGUCAGGAGGAUGGGUCGUGGAGUGGAGCCCCACCGUACUGCACGGGUGUGAGUGCUGGAAUCUGCGGAGACCCGGGAAUCCCACCCCAUGGUGCCCGCCUGGGAGGGGAGGAGUUCAAAACCAAGAGCCUCCUGCGUUUUAGCUGCGAGGCGGGGUAUAAUCUGAUGGGCUCAGCUGAGAGGACCUGCCUUCACAACGGCACCUGGAGCGGCACGCAGCCCGUCUGUCAGGCGGUAUCGUGCGGUAACCCUGGCACCCCGGCUCACGGCAGAAUCGUCUUCAGCGAUGGCAUCACCUUUGGCAGCUCAGUGGCCUAUGCAUGCUGGGAAGGCUUCAAAACAUCAGGCCUGACCACCAGACACUGCACGACUAAUGGGACGUGGACUGGACAACCGCCUGACUGUACAGUGAUCAGCUGUGGCGACCCCGGGCCAGUCGCAAAUGGGAUCUAUCUGGGAAACGAGUUUAAUUUCAACCACACAGUGACCUACCGCUGUAACCCAGGUCACCUAAUGGACCCACCUGGACGCAGCGUCCUGCGCUGCACCAAAGAAGGAACCUGGAACCAAACCAAGCCCAGCUGUAAAGUGAUUCAGUGUGGAUCUCCUCCUCAAGUGCAUUAUGGGAAAGUUGAAGGGACCGACCACUCGUGGGGCUCCAGUGUCAGCUACAGCUGUUUCCAUGGUUAUCAGCUGUCUACUCCAGCCGUGUUAACCUGCGAGGGGAACGGGACUUGGACAGGAGAUGUACCGCAGUGUCUGCCGGUCCUGUGUGGAGAUCCUGGCUCUCCUGGAGGAGGAUUCAGAGAAGGAAACAUCUUCUCAUACCGGUCAGAGGUCAGGUUCUAUUGCCACUCCCCGUACCUGCUGGUGGGCUCAGCCUCCAGAGCCUGUCAGGCUGAUGGGAUCUGGAGUGGACAACAACCAGCCUGCAUAGACCCUGCCUUUAACAGCUGCCGUGAUCCAGGAACUCCAGCUUAUGGGAUCCCAGUCAUGGCUCAGGGCUUUCAGGUUGGGAGUAAGAUCUCCUUCAAGUGCCGCAAAAACUACCACAUCCUCGGUUCCACAACAAGAACGUGCCUCGAAAACCUAACCUGGAGUGGAACCCAACCCGAGUGCAUAGCUCAUUCGUGCAGACAGCCGGAGACUCCCAGUAAUGUAGAUGUACGAUCUAUGGACCUGCCCACUCUGGGAUAUACAUUGAUUUACACCUGUCAGGACGGUUUCUAUCUGGCUGGAGGAUCGGAGCACAGAACCUGUAAAAGUGAUGGAAGAUGGUCAGGAAAACCACCUCUCUGUAAAGUCGGAGUGAAAGUCAAUCCCAAAGGCAGAGGAGAGUCAGACGUCCAGAAGAACAAGAUUCGUGUUCCAGUGGACGUCUUCUCUCCUAACUCUGAGUGGAGCGGCUUCUACGAGUAUCUAGGAAAGACACAGGCCACCACUUUUACGGUUACAGGCUUCAACGCUACGAGCAGCCGAGUUAACGUCACGUUACUGGAGACCAGUGGAGUGUCAAUCAGACUGUCAGGCACAUAUAAGUCUGAAGAAAACCAGCUGCUGUUGAAGGUCUACCAGGUGAAAGGGCCAACUGAGCACUACUACAGCAAGUUCAAAAAUGAUAACUGGGCCAUGGAUGGAUAUGUCACUGCAGAAUCAGACCAGAAGACAUUUGUCUACCAGGGACACAUUCACAGUAAAGACUUCGGCAAGUUCCACCUAACCAGACAAGGCCUCGUGACCACGGCGCCGGACUCAUCAAACCCCUACACCAACAGCAGCUCGGUGGCGGCGGCCAUCUUGGUUCCUUUCUUCGCCCUCAUCCUCUCUGGAUUUGCCUUCUACCUCUACAAGCACAGGACGUUGUCUGCUGACACAGAUGACAAUGAGAGACCAAAAGACACCUGGGGGCCUGGCGGCAGGACUCGCCCAAAGGUCCAGUUCAAUGGCUAUGUUGGCCACGAGAGCUCCAAUGGUCAGGCGUCCUUUGAGAAUCCAAUGUAUGACACAAACAUGAAGCCCACGGAGGCAAAGGCAGUACGAUUUGAUACCACACUCAAUACAGUCUGCACCGUGGUAUAAUCCAGCAUACCUGCCACUUCUUAUCCGGUGGUUCAGUCCAUCCUCCCCGCUGCCGUCCGCAGCGUGGCUCAACCAAACAUAUAAAAGGAAGAACACACUUAGGAUUUGGACUUGUUACCAUGAGCACUCUAUGCGUAGAAUGCCGGCCCUCCCCGUCAGCAAAAUCUACGCAGGAAUGUAGCCUGGCU